AUGAAUUUCCUUAUCUGUGUGAGAGCGUUCAGGCCAUGGAUGUGGCCGCAGUGGAUUUACGACCGGACAGCCGAGGGUCGUCUCUUCAAGUCAACCAUGAACCUUAUGGAGGGCUUCAGUGGAAGGAUUGUGGACGAAAGGAGGAAGCUGUUCGGUGGACUCACCCGAGGAACGGCCGAAGACGACACGAAAAAGAAGUCGACUCUGAGGGAGCGUCCACUGUCGCUCCUGGACUUCAUGCUCGAGAAACACUUCUACGACAAGCUCUUCACCGUCGAGGAGAUCAAGAAAGACCUCGACAGCGUCUUCUUUGCCGCCAAUGAUACCACGUCUACGGCACUCAGCUGGAUGAUGUACCUGUUCGGACUUCACCCGGACAAGCAAAGAAAGGCCCAAGACGAAGUUGAUAAAAUCCUAGAAGACGACCCCGGUCGAGACUUCACCUUGGAAGACGUCAAGAGAAUGAAAUACGUCGAUUACUGUGUGAAGGAGUCCUUGAGACUGUACCCGUCCGUGCCCUUAAUUGGAAGAGUUUUGGACAACGAUCUCGUCAUUGGUCAGCGUUUCGCCAUGACAAAAAUGAAGAUCCUCGUGGCGAAGAUGCUCCACAGGUACGACUUCGAGGCCAAGACUCCCCUCGACAGGCUGAGGCUGACGUGCGAGGUGAUCGUCCGAGCCAAGGAAGGCCUUCAUCUCUGGAUCAAGAGGCGGUCGCCCAAGACGGCCAAGUGA